AUGAAUUGGGAAGAAGCGACCAAACUCAGGUUGUUUCAGCUCAAUGAGAUGGAUGAGUUCCGCUAUCAGGCAUAUGAAAGUGCAGCGCUAUACAAAGAGAGAAUGAAGCAGUAUCAUGACAAGAAAAUCCUGAAGCGGGAAUUCUACAAGGGUGACCCCGUCUUGCUGUUUAAUUCUAGAUUGAAGCUGCUUCCGGGCAAAUUGAAAUCACGGUGGUCAGGUCCCUUUGAAGUGGUAAGUGUCUCACCCCAUGGAGCUAUUGAAUUGAAGUCCGAAGACGGAACUCGGACAUUUAAGGUGAACGGGCAGAGGGUGAAGCACUACCAUGGUACGAUUGACGGAGAUAGAGUUGUGGACCGAUAUCGGUUGAAGCACCUUGGGACGAAUGCUGAAGCGGCGAGUCCCGACCAAGAGUAA